AUGAAGAGAAAGCACCCCUACCCCAGUGACUCAGACAGCGAUUCCGACAGCGACUCACACAGCGGCUCAGACAGCGACUCACGCACCGGCUCAGACAGCGAGUCAGACAGCGAUUCCAACAGCCACUCACACAGUGGCUCAGACAGCGAGUCAGACAGCGAUUCCAACAGCCACUCACACAGCGGCUCAGACAGCGAUUCUGACAGCGAUUCUGACAGCGAUUCCGACAGCGAUUCCGUAAGUGACACAGAGGAGCGUUGCAUCUCUUGUUCGGAAAUAUGCGUCCCUGACGAUGCCGGCUUCUGCAUUAAGUGCGCUGAUGUGAUUGCUGAGACUGAGAGAGGGCUCAAGAAGGAGCUCAACGACCUCAAAGCUGACGCUGAUUUCCUUGCCUUAUCCUCUAAAUCUUUCAGUGAUGUUGUUCUUAUCGCAUCCGAUGCUGGGGCCGUUGCUCGUCCUAUUCAAGCUCAUAAAGCUAUUCUGAUGAGUCGUUCACCAAUUUUCAAAGCCAUGUUUGAGAAUGAGAUGGAAGAGAGCCGUCGCGGUAUUAUCAAGAUCGGUGAAGUAUCUCAUGAAGUUCUUCAAACUUUUGUAAACUUUCUCUACACUGCUAAAGCAACACCUGAUGAGGAAAUGGCAUGUGAUCUUUUGAUCAUGUCAGAGAAAUACCAAGUUGACUACCUCAAAAGUCAAUGUGAGAAGUUUUUAGUAAGCAAACUAAAACCAGAAAAUUCUCUGAUGUACUAUGCCUUUGCCGACCAGUACAAUGCAAAGAAUUUGGCCGAUGCUGCACUGUCGAAGAUCUUAAAAAAUAUGGAGAUGGUCACCAGAACAGAAAAAUACAGAGAGCUUGCGAAAACGGAUCCCCGUCUUCUCGUCCAAAUUUAUGAAGCACGUCUCGUUAAACAGGGAACUAGCAAGGACAAUCCUAUCAUUUUGCCCUAA